UGUUUUACUGACGGCAGCUUUCAUCCAGACGUCACGGUUUGCUGCUCGAGUCUUGUGUGGAACACGCGUUCUGAAGUAGCAGUCAUGGUUCGCCAUAUUGAAUCUAAGGAUGAGUUCGAUGGCGUUCUGUCCGGGGCAGGAGGGAAGCUGGUGGUGGUGGACUUCACAGCUACGUGGUGUGGUCCCUGCAAAGCCAUCGCUCCGUUUCUUGAUGAACUGGAAAAACAAUUUACUGAUGUGAUUUUCAUAAAAGUGGACGUGGAUGAUGUUCCUGACGUGAGCUCCUCCUGUGGCAUUAGCUGCAUGCCUACAUUCCAGUUCUACAAGAACRGACAGAAGGUGUUUGAAUUCUCUGGCGCCAACAGAGACACAUUAAAGGCCAAAGUGGCUGAGCUGCAGUAGACCACAYUGUUCCCACCUGAGCAGCACUUCCUGUUGCAUCUGUUCACCAUCCUGGUUCCAUUUAUUCCACUGUUCCUGUACCAACUGCCUUAAUAACUGGCCCACAUUAAAACUCCAACCUCAUGUGGUAACUCUGUGUUACAUGUCAUAGACCUCCAGAGAACGUCUGUAUUUUAUUUUUAUUCCCAACAAGGUGGAUUUAAUAAAGGAAUUACUGACUUUGA